CCAUCCACUUCCGCGUCUUGCUGCUGUACGGCGGCGACCCAACACGGAGAUGUGAGAUUUUGGUGGCGAAGCACCGGCGACCGGCACGGUGUAGAUGCCACGGCGUGCGUCUUUUUGGUGACCGGAGCUGAGCGGGGCUGCAACCACGACGGUGCUGCAACUAGUGAUCAUUGCCAUGGCCGCCCGCAGCUGAUUUUGCGCUCCUUUCCAUGGCCGCCACAGCAAGAUUUUUGCUAUAACCAUGUUUUCUUUUUGCCGGAACCAACCCAUGCUUUUGCUACCACCCACUCACCCCAAAAUCUGCUCCCAUGGUGAUUUUUGCUGUAACCGGCGAACCAUACAAUUGUUUUCAGUUUUUGUUACUACCGUUGUUUUGUGGAUUUUUUACUACAUCCAUUUCCAUGAUAUCGCAUGUUUUUUUUCAGUUGAUUUUUGCUACAACCAUACUUUUGAUUUGCUGGAACCGAAGAUAAUUUUUGCUACAACCGUAUUUUCAUUUUGCUGGAACCGAAGACAAUGUUUGCUACAUCCACCCACGGCGGUGGCGGCGACGGCUUUUCUUUGCAGCAACCGUCUCGGAUUUUGCUACUACCGGAGACGCCAUUUGCUACUACCAGUCUUGCUGGAAGCAUCAGGAGUUUUUGCUACCACCCCUAGUUUUUUAAUUUUUGCUGAACCAGCCUAAAAAUUGCUACCACCGUCUUUCGAUUUUGCUGGAACCGGCAUUUUUUUUUUGCUUCGCCGGCGGCGGUGAAGGCGGGUCGUGUUUUGCUUCGCCGGCGGCAAGCAGGGGCAGCGAUGGUCCAAACGAGGGCAACGCGGGCCAGCGUGCGGGAUCCCAGGAGCGACGGCGGUGCUCUCUUUUUUUUUCCUCUUUUUUCCCGUAGGGUAGAUGACGAAAGGGGAUGCGGUGCGGGACAGAUCUGACGGUCAUGCGCUUCCAAAUCGAACGACGUUGGGUGGACCGGCCGAAACUUGGGCCGGUGCGCCGGCUCAGAGUACUGCCCAACAAAAAAAGAACAAAAUAUGUGUUUGGUUUGGUCGGCUUGCUCCCUGCAUCAGUGAAUGGAGGAGCGAGCUCCCAAACGGCGGCCACGCCGUCGACCCAGCGCCACCACCCCCUGUCCCCCGCCCGGCAUCUGUACUUGGCCGAGGCCGCGAUGCAUCGAUCCGGCGCGCAGGUCCUUGCUCGCAGCCGGUGGAGAGAGCGCGCGGAGCGGCGGAGCACUUCUCGUGACGGCCGGCCUCACAGUCACAGGUGAGUUCCGCCUCCGGAUCCGGCUCCGGUCCAUGCCCUUCUUCUCCAGAUGCGGCGUGAGUUUUCGAAUCAAAAAGCCUGAGUUGCCCGUUGAACCAGUUUGGGUUCAGAGUCAGACCCCGUGCGGAUUCUUGCGUGGAUCCGGCGUGACUAGAACUCUCUCGUCAAGGUGUAAUCUAUCCGAGUCCGGCUACAGAGUUCAGGUGUGUGUGCGUAGAGAGUCGGACUAGAGAUACAAACACACGCGAUGAAUCGAUGCAGAAUAAAUAUUGCGUGUCUAGUAUAAAAAUAGUAGAUUAUCAACAAUUCGAGACAAAGAAAAGCAGACGGAAGUCGCCGACUUGGAGCAACGCAAACAAAUUUCGAGCUCUGGGAGACAAGUCCAUGGCCGGCCGGCUCGCCCUAUCCAGGGCUGCAAAGCAUGUUGUGGCUGCGGCGGGGACGGCACGUUCAGCUCCUGCCUUCAGGGCACCUGCUGCAAAUACACCUUCUGGAGCAGUCAAUGCAGGCAGUGUGCUUAGGAAUCUACAGCAGAGGUACCUAUCAAGCUUUGUUAGUCAGAGGGUACAGGGCGUGCAGUCUGGCACCGCUUCUCUUCCUAAUAAAGGGAUUCAUAGGAGUGAUCCAAAAAGAGUUUUACACAACUUCAUCAAAAUACUGAAUCGAGGAAUUUCAAAUGCAGCAAGGGAGGAAGUAAGUGUUCUUAGCACAGGCAUUGCGCCGGUGUAUGUAGUGGAGAAAGGCCUGCUGAAAAAGCAGCUUCUGCGUACUUGUGGAGGCCUUGUAGUUACUGGCUCUGCAAUCUAUGGCAUUAAGGCUUUGAUUGAUAGUUAUAUUAAGGAUAUGGCUGAAAAUCUCGAAAACACAGAAGUUGGUAAAUCUGGUGGUUUGAAUGAAGUGGCCAUGGAGAUAAGCACAAAAUUCAGUGACGUAAAGGGGGUUGAUGAAGCCAAGGCUGAGCUUGAGGACAUAGUUCACUACCUACGAGAUCCCAAGCAUUUCACACGCCUUGGUGGCAAGCUUCCAAAGGGUGUUUUGCUUAUGGGCCCACCUGGCACAGGGAAGACCAUGUUGGCAAGGGCUGUGGCCGGGGAAGCCGGCGUCCCUUUUUUUCCGUGCAGCGGCAGUGAUUUUGAGGAGGUCUAUGUAGGUCUUGGGGCUAAGAGAGUGAGGGACCUCUUUCAUGCAGCAAAGCAGCUGUCUCCUUGCAUAAUUUUCAUCGAUGAAAUUGAUGGGAUUGGUGGGCGCAGACACGCAGGAGGUUUAAUGUCGCAGAGGCAGACCCUGAACCAGCUGCUUGUUGAGAUGGAUGGCUUCAAGCAGAAUGACGGGAUCAUCGUGGUCGCGGCGACCAACUUCCCCGAGUCAUUAGAUAGCGCCCUUGUCAGGCCUGGGCGUUUUGACCGUCAAGUCAAUGUCCCUAUUCCAGAUGUUGAGGGCCGACGACAGAUCCUUGAGGCUUACAUGUCAAAAGUGUCUACAGGCAAGGGUGUGGAUGCAAUGACCAUUGCGAGGGGAACGCCUGGGUUUUCAGGUGCAGACCUUGCAAGCCUAGUGAACGAUGCCGCUCUCAAGGCUUCCACGGAUGGGGCAAAUGCUGUCGGGACUGAUCACUUCGAGUACGCCAAGGACAAGAUCCUCAUGGGCAGCGAGCGCAAGUCGUUGGUGGUAUCUGAACAAUCCAGGAAGAAGACUGCGUACCAUGAGGGUGGGCACGCCCUUGUUGCUAUCCUCACAGACGGUGCUGAACCUGUCCACAAGGUCACCAUUGCGCCCAGAGGAAAUAGUCUCGGCAUGGUGGCGCAGCUGCUGGGGGAAGACAGUGAGCUGGAACUCUCCAAGAAGCAGUUGCUGGCGAUGCUGGAUGUGUGCAUGGGAGGGCGAGUGGCUGAGGAGCUUAUAUUUGGAGAAGCCGGGAUCACCACUGGUGUCUCAUCUGACCUAAGCAAGGCGACUCAAUUGGCGAAAGCCAUGGUCACCAGGUAUGGUAUGAGCAACCGGGUCGGCUUUGUUUCCUACGGCAAUGACGGUGAUGGUGGUAUUGGCAUGACAACGCCCCUGGUUGAUGAGGAGAUAAAAGCAUUAUUGGAUAACGCUUACCGGAACGCAAAAACGAUUCUCACGGAGCACAACAAGGAGCUCCAUGCGCUAGCAAAUGCCCUCCUGGAGCAUGAAACUCGCACUGGUGACCAGAUCAAGGAACUAGUUUCGACAGGACGACAAGCAGAUGGUCAUAACAAUAGCCAGCAAAAUCAUCAGGUAACACCUUCUCUCACCGGUAACGAGAUCGCCAAACUAGUAUCGACAGAAGAACAAGCAGAUGGUCAUAACAAUAGCAAGCAAGAUCAGGAAACGCCUUCUUCGCCCUAGUCCGUGGAGACACUUACAGGAAGAAGUAUUUUCUUUUCCUGCUAUGUUUGUUGCACAUUCACGUGAAAUGUACAGAGCGACAUAUAUGGUUUGGGUUUUCCCCAGCUGCGAAACAUAGUAAAAAUCACCAUUAAGUGUUUCCCUCAACGUAUCAUGUGUGUCAGUAUUUAACUGUAAGUCUGUAGCCUAUUAUUAUCUGCCUGUACAAAUAAACAAUAAUGCAAGAUAUGAGCUUGUCUCUGAUACUCUGUUUUCUUUCUUUCAUUGGUUGCCAUUUGAUUCUAAAUGUCAAUCGAUAAGAUCAUAAGUCCAUAUUACUUCCUUGAACUUUUGGUCGUGGUUUAACCAUCGAUCAAAACGCAUUCAGAACAUGUGUUUGGUGCGAGGGUUUAACGGGCCCUCUCGACCGGUUUCGUUCGAGAAGGACUUUGUGCAAUAGCCCUGUCGAUCUGAUCAUUCUCACCACGUGGGGAAUCCAUGACUUUGUGCAACUUGUUUUCAGUGGCGCAUAAAAUGAAAGGAAAUAUGAAGCGAGUCUUAUCAACAUACUCUGAAAUUCAAGAUAACUAUAUGGUGCCUAUAACCCUACUACAUGCUUGCUAACAAAUAUUUGGUUGAAAUAGAACACCUUCUGAGCUCGAGCACAAAUGAGCUCAG